AUGUCGCUUUACACAAGCAAAAGUCUGUUCCCGACAAUGAUUCCCAUCCCGAACGGCAUCGCGUCGCAAAUGGAAGAAAAGCCAAAGAAUAAAAUUAUUUUCCUCGACGUAACUCCAGCCAGGACGCCCAACAUGAAACCGCAUUCAGCAAACGCUAUAGUCCCCAUGCAAGAUAACCUAAUCGACCCCCAGAUCAGCAGGGACAUUAUCUACGAGAACAUAAAACCCGUGUUUAGUAUUUUGAGAAUAAUGGGGGUGCUCCCUAUAACACGGCCUAAACCUGGUGUAAGUCAAUUCCUUAUUGCUUCACCGGCCAUGAUAUACUCCGCUGUGAUAUACUUUUCUUUAGUAAGCUAUGUACUCUAUUUAUCUUUGAAUAAAGUUCGAAUUCAAAGAACUGCUGAAGGAAAAUUUGAAGAAGCUGUGAUUGAAUACUUAUUCACGGUGUAUUUGUUCCCCAUGAUCGCUGUUCCGAUACUUUGGUAUGAAACGAGGAAGAUUGCUGAUGUUCUGAACUCCUGGGUUGAUUUUGAGCUCAUGUACAGACAAAUGUCUGGACGGCCAUUACCAAUCAAACUGUACAGAAAAGCUCUAGCUAUCGCCAUAAUUAUUCCUAUCCUCUCUACAGCCUCUGUGAUUAUCACCCACGUUACUAUGGCGCACUUCAAAAUCAUGCAAAUUAUUCCAUACAUAUUUCUAGAAAUACUGACUUACAUACUAGGGGGAUAUUGGUAUCUUCUCUGCGAGACACUUAGUGUUUCAGCUAACAUUCUUGCUGAAGAUUUUCAACAGGCGUUGCGUCACAUCGGCCCUGCUGGUAAAGUAGCUGAGUACAGGGCGCUCUGGUUGAGACUAAGUAAAAUCGCCCGGGAUACAGGCAUCGCUAACUGCUAUACCUUCACCUUCGUCAAUUUGUUCCUGUUUCUCAUCAUCACACUCUCAAUAUACGGGCUGCUCAGUCAAAUCUCUGAGGGAUUCGGCAUUAAAGACAUUGGAUUGGCAGUCACUGCGAUGUGCAGCAUUUUCUUGCUGUUCUUCAUUUGCGAUGAGGCUCACUACGCUUCACAUAACGUCCGCACCAUAUUUCAAAAGAAACUUUUGAUGGUCGAACUAUCAUGGAUGAACGCUGAUGCCCAAACCGAAGUGAACAUGUUUCUGAGAGCUACCGAAAUGAAUCCCUCAGAAAUCAGUCUCGGCGGGUUCUUCGAUGUCAAUAGAACUCUUUUUAAAUCUUUGAUGGCUACAAUGGUGACAUAUUUGGUGGUGUUGCUACAAUUCCAAAUCAGUAUCCCUAGUGAUGAAAACGGUGAAGGAGGUGAAUAUGAGGACCCCAUGGCCAACGUCACUUCGGGAGUUACAGAGGCAAUGACUACCACAACGACCAUUACUACUAUAUUGACCACGUUAGCCAAGAAGAAGAAAAAUAAACAUUGA